AUGAGGCUCGUCUCGUUGGUUGGGUCACGACACCACGACCACGACCGCGACCCCAACGGCGGCAGCGGGCGGGGGGGCGACAACGACGACGACGACAACGACAACGACGACGACUCGACAAUUGCGCUCGCAACUGGGCCGUCGACGGGCAGCGGGCUGGUUUGCGAUGCGAACGAACUCAAGGACACAGAGGACGGAGGCGGAGAGGAGAAACAGGUCGAAUCCAAACACCAGAACGCAAGGGAAGCAGAGAAGAAGACGGACGGCGACGAGAGUCGGGGAGGGGGGGAUGUGUGCGAGAAGAAAGGUGGGUGGGGUAAAAGAGCAAAGAGCGCAGAUGAUGUGCUGCCGAGCGAACCCGCUAAGUUUACGGCGCUCGGUAGCGACGCGCAGAGACGAAGCUGGGGGCGUGAGGGCAGAGGAUGGCGCCACGAUUUGCUCGAUCGGGCAGACACAAGCUUUGGAGAUCGAUACAAGGAUGGCGGCCGGCCGUGGCUCAGCACGGCUGCAACGCCCUCGGCCAGGCCGCAGAUUGGCUGCGACGCCAUUGCACGCCCGCGCAAGGCCGGAAUUAACGAUCUCCUGUGCGUCAACUGCUGA